UUCACAAGUCUCCUCCUAUCACGAUGAGACCGAUUCCCACCACCUCCGGACUGCUGCUGCUGCUCACCUUUGGAGCUCUGAUCUACGCCGAAAGCAACCAAUGGGGACGCCGCGUCACCGGAGAUCGCCUGCUGAACUACAGCACCGUUGUCAACAAUUCGCUUCCGGUUCCCAUCAAAAGCACCGUCUUCCAGUAUCUGCCACCGGUGGGAACGGCACGGCCACCGAACGUGACCUACAUCCUGGCCCGGGAUAAUGUCCGCAACGGUUUGGGUGGCUUUGCGGCGCUGGUUUCCGGUGGAGACAAUCAAAGCCAUGCCACGCUGAAGCUCACCUCCCGGCCAAAUCUCGGGUUCAAUUUUACGGUGGAGAUCUACGGGAAGUGAGACGACAAUUAUUCGAGAAAAGUCUGAGAGAAGAACAGUUGCUAAAUGAGAGCAAGCUGAAAGCAAAUGAUGAGAUCGUAUUGGUCUACACACGGAUUCUAAUUUUCUUUGGAUAGUAAGCAGAUAGCAAAAGUUUGUGUUUAAUCUUGGAGUAUAAAUAUAAAGAGUGCUCACUAGGGUGUUUCAAGCUUGAAUUGUGGAUCACAAUCCUCUGUUCCCCACUGCUCUUCCGAUGUGUAUUGAGA